AUUUUUCUAUAGAAAAGUCUUUUGAAUUUUAUUUUGAAUCCCAAUUGGAUCGGUCAUAAAGAAUUGUUUCUGCUUUUACCUUUGAAGACUUGACUUCAAUUGCUUGGAUGGAGUUGGGUUCUUCUUCAUCGUCAUCAUCUUCUUCCUUCUUAAAAUCAGAACCCCAAUUCAUAUACGAUGUGUUCAUCAACUUUUGGGGAGAAAACAUGAGCAGAAAAUUCGUUUCUCAUCUCCAUUCUGUGCUCUUACAAGCUCAAGUCAAAACUUUGAUUAAUGAGGAAAAUCUGCAGCAGGGAAAGAAGCUGGAAGAACACAUGCGCGCAAUAGCAGCCUCUAAGAUCGCAAUAAUCGUUUUCUCCCAAACAUACACUGAAUCUACAUGCUGUCUUCGUGAGCUUGAAAAAAUCGUUGAAUGCCGCGAAACUUUUGGCCAAAUAGUUCUGCCAAUAUUUUACGAGAUUUACCCAUUCGAUGUACGUCAUCAGAAAGGUGAUUUUAGGAAAGCGUUGGAAGAAGCUGCACACAAAAGCUAUUCAGGAGAACAAGUGGAACAUGCAUUCUCUAGAUGGAGCAAUGCACUCACCACGGUUGCAGGUAUCACUGGUUGGAAUGUCAGAGAUUUCAGGCAUGAUGCUGAACUUGUGGAGGUUACUGUUAGCCGUGUUCAGACAAUACUGGAUUAUGCAGACUUGUCUCUUACCCGAUUUCCCGUUGGAUUAGACCCUCAUGUGAGAAAGGUAAUUGAAUGUAUUGAAAAUCAUUCCAGCAAAGUCUGUAUGAUAGGGAUAUGGGGGAUGGUAGGAUCGGGUAAGACUACCAUAGCCAAAGCCAUCUACAAUCGAAUUUAUCGUCCAUUCAUUGGUAAGAGUUUUAUUGGAAAUAUUAGAGAAGAUUGGAAUAACAACCCUGUUCAUUUGCAAGAAAAUCUUCUUUAUGAUGUCCUAAAAUCCAAGUUUGAGGUGGAAAGUGUUGGGUUGGGAAGAACUAUGAUCGAGAAUGAGUUUUCUCGAAAAAAGUUGCUAAUUGUGCUUGAUGAUGUGAAUGAGUUUAGCCAAUUAGAAAACCUAUGUGGGAAUCGUGAUUGGUUCGGUCAAGGAACUGUGAUAAUCAUUACAAGUAGAGAUGUUCACGUGCUGAACCGACUCAAAGUUAAUUACAUUUAUAAAAUGAAUGGUAUGAACGAAAAUGAUUCCCUUGAGCUUUUUAGUUGCCAUGCCUUUAGAGAUUCAAAACCAAGAAAAGGCUUCGAUGAAUUUGCAAGAAACAUAGUUGCUUAUUGUGGAGGACUACCACUGGCUCUUGAGGUUCUUGGUUCCUAUUUAUGUGGUAGGACAAAGGAACACUGAAAAAGUGUAUUUUCAAAACUAAAAAUAAUUCCUAAUUAUGAAGUUCUAUACCAUUUGCAGGCUAGUUUUGACCUUCCGCCAUUGCAUAACUGCCUUGCAAAUAUUCCAAGUAUUUUGGUUCAAUGUGAUGCAGAGUUUCAACUAUCUAAGCAAGUAAAAACAAUUCUUGUUGAAUAUGGAGUAAAUUUUACAGAAUCAAGAAUGUCAAAUCAUGGCUUGAGGUUUUCUGUGAUUGGUCUUGGAAGGUACAAUGGAUUCUUCAACACUCUCAGAGAUGGCGUUUCAAAGGGAUUGACAAACAGUGAGUGCUGUGAAGUUUCUCUUCCAGGUGACAAUCAUCCAUAUUGGUUGGCUUAUGUGGGUGAGGGACCUUCAGUUUAUUUCAAUGUGCCUCAGGAUUGUGACAUGAAGGGAAUGAUUUUGUGUGUUGUUUAUUUAUCAACCCCUAUAAUCGGGG